UUGGCCAGUCUCCGUGUCCUCCAACCAUGGGUACAGCGGUUUAGGGGGGCGCCGCACAUGCACAGACCCAGAGGGGCGCCAUCAAAAGAUAACAUCACACCAAGAGGAAGAAAUUGGUGGUUUCAGCUUGAAGGGGAGACUGUAGCGUGUAAACAUCUGCUUUUGGAGGAAACCUGUCAUCUCUGGGAAAAGGAAUAUCUCUUUCUCUUCAAUACUUCAUUAAUCGUCACUUUUCUAACAUUUUUCCCUGCUGCUGCACCUCUGAUCUGGAUUGUAAAGAAUCUUUUUCGGGCAACUUCAGCAACCAAGUGAAAGCUUUUGGAUUAUCCUCUGAGGUCGACUGUGUCCUUCUCUACCAUCUCAGGGAUCUAACUACUUAUCCCCUCCACCUGGAACAACUUAGUUGGGCUCAACCUGCUAAUAACUCAUCAAACAACAAGCGCAAGGCCUGCAUUGACCACUGACCGUUCCAGCAGCACAACAGAAAGCCCCCCCUCUUUUCAGCUUGUGUGUCUGUUGAUUUAUAUGCAUCUGGCCAGACUUCAUUUUUGACAAGAUUUGACUCUUUCCGUUUCCGUCCUGCUCCUUCGCUCUUACUCUUCUCUCUUUGUGCCGAUCAGUGCAUGAUAGCGAACCAUGGUGCUGCUGAAGUUAAAGUUCACCCAGCAGAAGCGGGUGCGUCUGGCCCAGGGCCUAUGGCUGCUGUCGUGGCUCGCAGUGAUGUGCGGGACCUUCAUCUUUUGUCUGGGGGUUUACCUUAAGAUAGAGCUGCUCCGUAGGAGUGAGGUGAUGGACAACACAGAGAUCCACGUGGUGCCCAACAUCCUAAUCAUGGUGGGCCUGGCCUCCAUUGGCACCAACUGGGUUGCGAGUCGUGUGUGUCAGGACUCCCUGGACGCGAGCCGCUUCCCCCGUUGGAAGGUCCUCCUGCUGGCCUGGUUUGCUGUGGCCUCACUGAUCUGUUGUCUGCUCAUCGCCGUGGUGGUGCUCAGCUACGCCCUGCAGGGACACCUGGAGGAGUCCUUGAAGGUUGGCCUGAGGAAUGGUAUCCGGUUCUAUAAGGACACGGAUGUGCCCGGCCGCUGUUUCCAAAAGGAGACCAUUGAUCGUCUGCAGAUGGAGUUUCGCUGUUGUGGGAACAACAACUUCAAGGACUGGUUUGAGGUUCAGUGGGUCAGCAACAGAUACCUGGACUUCACCUCCAAGGACGUCAAGGAUCGUAUCCGGAGUAAUGUGGACGGCCGUUACCUGCUGGAUGGCGUUCCUUUCAGCUGCUGUAACCCGGCCUCCCCUCGGCCCUGCCUUCAGAACCAGCUGACAGAUAACAGCGCCCACUUUAAUUAUGAGUACCAGACAGAGGAGCUCAACCUGUACAGUCGUGGCUGUAGGCAGGCUCUGAUCGACUACUACAUGGGUCUGAUGAACUCCACUGGUCCUGGUGUGCUGUCAGUUAUCUUGAUACAGGUCUCGGUUAUUCUAAGUCUGCGGUUCCUGCAGACAGCUGUGGAGGGAGCGAUGGGUCUGGAGGACCCGGAGGGUGAAAGUGAGGGCUACAUCCUGGAGAAGGGUGUGAAGGAAACGUUUGAGGAUGUCAAGGCCAAGGUCAACAACCUACUAAAGUUUGCGCAGGUUGACGCCACAGAAGGAGGUGAAGAUGAGGAGAAGGCGGGUGAUGCCAGCUAAAGGGAAAACAUACUUAAAUAUGUGCUGAAGAGGAAGGGAUGCAGGGGGGGAUGUGUCUGAGGUUCUUUGGUUGUGUGAGUUGGGUGGUGGCAGGUAGGACACCUGUUGAGUUUUGCCAUGUUUAGACUUGUUGAUUUAUGCUCCACCAGUGCAGCAGCCGCAGCUCCCUCGCACAUGGCCAAGACAAGGCAACACUUAAGGAAUGUUAUCAGGCCCUGCACAGACACCAGAGUAAACAUCUCCUCUGUGCAGGACCUCACGAACAUGUAACCAUCAGAGAAUCUGUUCAGGAGAUGUGUAGUAUUUUAUUUUAUUUUAUUUUUGUUGUUGUUGUACCUAGAAAACAGUACAUUUGGUUUAAGCAUGAGUAGCUUUUACACUCAAAAACAUAUUUAAGUUUCAUAUUUUGACAACUUGACUCAAAUUUGGCAAAGUCAGAAUCACAUGACGCUAAAGUUCAUCCCAUGUGCACGGCAUUCUUCAUUUGAUAGUUGUAGAGUUUGUACUUAACUGCAAUGAAAUGCUUAGGAAACCUGUUAAAGUGGCAACGCACAUGAAAUACAUAUUAAAGGUAGAAGUUUUUAACUGC